UUGCUGGAGUAGUCGCGUCAAAGUGACGUAAGCCUGUGUUACAUCACUGUCAGUCACGCAGUUCAGCAGGAACCGGCAGAAAGCAGCUUCACAUCAGCGUGUGGAAGACUACCAAAAAAGCCAAGAUGACAACCGUUGAAUACGAAGACAAUGAAUCCAAGUUCUUACGGAAAGCGAAAGAGAAUCCAUUUGUCCCUGCAGGGAUGGCUGGGUUCUUUGCCAUUGUGGCAUACAGGCUGUACAAACUAAAGACUAGAGGCGAUACCAAGAUGUCAGUCCACCUAAUUCACAUGCGUGUAGCUGCUCAGGGGUUUGUGGUGGGAGCAAUGACUUUAGGAGUGGUCUAUUCCAUGUACAAAGACUACAUCCUUAAGCCUGCUGAGGCACAGAAAGCAUUGGAGCAGAAGGCAUUGGAAAAAAAGUGAACAGAAGAAGUGUAUUACAACCUGAUAUGCCCUUAAUACCACCUCAUAUUAAGGUGUUCCUCUGUAUUUAUUGCUCAAAUAAUUUAGGACCUGUUUUUUAAGAAUGUGUUAACUUUUUUUUUUUUUAACUAUUAAUAAAUCUCAGAAAACGAGGUUAGCACGUACAUUGUUGCCUGAUGUCUUUGUGGACAACAGUUUAUUCUUUUAAAUCAAACAUUGUAUGUGAUGGAAUAGUGAAUAUCAGCUAUUUCACAUACCUAGAGGAGAAAUGAUGGUAAACCGAACAUGAUGGUGUGAAAUGGUUAUUGAUUUGGCUUUUGAAAGUAUUUGGUUUGGUUUAUUUUAUGCUCAGUGUUGUUGGUUAGCUUUGUUUAGUUUUUGUUUUUGUAUUUUUAAGAACACUCAUGGAAAAUCCCAUAUGACAGGGAUUAAUGAAAACUUUACAACAUGCAUAUCAUUUUUAGUCGGGACCUCACUGUUGCUAAAUUAUUAACAGUACUAGUUCUUUGCUGAUGUAGUGCUGGUUUCACAAACAGGAUAAUAGGGACUUAAACCAACCUUCAUAUUUUCUACUGUGUUCUUUAACAAAAAGUGUGUGUGAGAGAGAGAGAUUUGUCAGUGAGUGAAGGAUGUUAUUUUGUGGAUUAAUUUUGCUGUCGUAAUGUUGUGCACCUUAUGUUUCAUAUUUCAAAUCAAAUUAACCAAAUGCGUAUUUUAUAGUGACUAUUUUUGAAGAUCUCUGCUACCAUCUGUUUAUCUUUGCCAAUAACAUAAGAGUAGUAUUUCAAAUAAACUAAGCCAAUUUAUUUCA